AUUAUGCCAAGGCUUUAUUGCCCUCUGCCAAGUCUGCCCCCAACUGCUCGCUCGACUUUCGGUGAACUUCCCGAGCUGCAAUCAAACGGCGCGUUAUUAUGCACCGAGCUGUCGCUGACGCUGACGCCCAAGCAACCCGGCGUUCUGGCACGGUUCGUCUAGCAACACACCGCAAAGUCCGCAUUCCUCAUUGCCUCCAUCUUUGAGGUGGCGACCAACACGGAGAUACGUCGCCAAGCUGCAGCACGCACUCCCAAUGUGUUCACACGGAAAUCAUCCGGCCUCCGACGAGGCCGCGCCUCGGCCCGUUGCCACCACUGCGAAGCCGUAUCCCCUCAAGGCCCCCGCUCCGGUGGGCAAGAAGAUUGCUUCGCUGUACAAGAAACGUUUGGUCAAUUUCUUCACGCCGGGACAAUGGGAGAAGGCGAACCUGAUGGCCGUGUUAAAUCAUGGUGAAUACUCAAGCCCACCACAUGUCAAGCUGUCCGUCUGGGACGCGCCAGGCACGACACGUCCUACCUUUCUCGAGGCCACUGCCGAGUCGAAUUCAUACAGGGAGACACAAGUCGGCGAGUCGUUUGGUCCCUCGUGGACAACACACUGGUUCAAAUGCUCCCUCACCUUGCCCGAAGCCCUCCGCGGCAAAGACACCCACGUCGAGCUCCAUUGGGACUGCAACAACGAGGCCACCGUCUGGACGGCCCAGGGCGAGCCGCUCCAGGGACUGACCGGGCGCGGUGAGCGCGUCGAGUGGAUCGUGCCCGAAUCUUUCAAAGACGGCAAAGACCAUGUCAUCUACCUCGAGAUGGCCUGCAACGGCAUGUUUGGCAACGGCCCUGGCCGGCCCAUUUUCAAGAACAACGCCGGCGGCGACUCGAUCCAGCCGCCUGACCAGGACAAGUACUUUAAGCUGGCGCAGGCCAAGCUCGUCGCCGUCAAUAUGCAGGCGAGGAUGUUGCAUGUCGAUUUUGGCAUCAUCCACGACGCUGCUACGACGUUGCCCGAGGAUUCAUGGGAGCAGCACGAGGCACUCAACGUAGCUAGCAGAAUCAUCGAUACCUUCAAAGUGGGAGAUGAUAACUCUAUCCUGGCGUGUCGCAAAAUUGCCGCCGAGUAUCUCGGAGACGACAUCGACUCGGCGGCCGUUUAUGACAGCGCUCUCGACCGUAGACCAACCAUCUACGCCAUCGGCCAUUGUCACAUCGACACAUGCUGGCUGUGGCCGUGGGCCGAGACGAAGCGCAAGGUCGUGCGGUCGUGGUCCAAUCAGUGUGACUUGAUGGACCGGUAUCCUGAGCUCAACUUUGCUUGUUCGCAGGCUCAACAGUUCAAAUGGCUCAAAGAGAUAUACCCAUACGGGUGGGAACGAGUCAAGGCCAAGGUCAAAUCUGGACAAUUCCACCCCAUUGGCGGAUCUUGGGUCGAGCACGAUACGAAUCUUCCCUGCGGUGAGUCGCUCGUGCGCCAGUUCCUUUACGGCCAGCGAUUCUUCGAGGCCGAGUUUGGAUUCCGGUCGACGACAUCCUGGUUGCCAGAUACUUUUGGGUUUUCCUGCCAGAUUCCUCAGAUUUGUCGCCUGGCUGGUAUGACGAGGUUCAUGACGCAAAAGCCCUGCUUCAACAGUGUCAAUGAGUUUCCUCAUACGACCUUUAACUGGGUGGCGCUGGAUGGAAGCCAGGUUAUCUGCCAUAUGCCCCCAUGCAAGACGUAUACCGCAGAGGGCAAUUUCGAGAACAUCACCCAAAGCAUAUCCAAUCACAAGUCCUUGGACCAGGACAACACGGCUCUCAUGGCUUUCGGAAAAGGCGACGGCGGAGGCGGCCCGACUUGGCAGCAUCUGGAAAGACUCAGACGACUUCGAGGCAUGGCCGAUACCAUGGGCGUUAUUCCCCGCGUCCACGCCGGCGCAACCGUCGACCAAUUCUUCGACCGACUCGAGACGAAGGCGUCCAGCCUCGUGACUUGGUAUGGAGAGCUCUACUUUGAGCUCCAUCGCGGCGUGUACACCACGCAGGCCCGUACCAAGCUCCACAACCGCACUUCUGAGAUCCUCCUGCACGAUCUCGAGUUGUUGGUAACCAUCGCUUCCAUCCAGGACAAGAGCUACAAGUACCCGAAGAAGGAGUUGGAUGAGAUGUGGCAGGGCAUAAUGCUUUGCCAGUUCCACGACUGUCUGCCUGGCACAGCCAUUGAAAUGUGCUACGAUGACUCGGAAAAGAUUUAUGCUAACGUCAGAGAGACCGGAGUGGUGCUUCUCCAGCAAAUCUUCACCGUCCUUGGCAUUGAAAAGACCGAUGCAGUCAGCGGCCUGAACCUUGGCUCGGCCAUCGCCCUGAACACGUUGCCCUGGCCACGAAAGGAAUUGGUCGACGUUUCUGAGACUGAGGCUGUCAUCGCUUCUGGUGAAGGCCACGCGCUCGCCGUCGAGUCAUUCAAUGCCUCCUCAGACGGCCCCAAGCCCGUCACCAUACAAGAGACGACGCCUGGCGUCUUCCAACUGGAAAACGGCCAGUUGACCGUCAAGGUGGAAAAGGGCUGCAUUACUUCCGUCUACGACCAUCGCGCAAGGCGGGAAGUGCUGUCCGGAAAGGCCAACCAGUUCGUCGUCUUUGACGACAAGCCCAUCUACUGGCAGGCAUGGGACGUGGAGGUGUACCACCUGGAGACGCGCGAAGAGCUGAGCAGCUCGACUACCGCUAUUCACGAGGACAAGGGCUACCGAGCGAGCGUGGUGACCGAGACGCGCAUCAGCGAGACCAGCUCCAUCAGGACGACUAUUUCGUUGACCUCUGUACUCGAUGAGCAACAGUCUAUGAUUGAGUGCACAGCCGACGUUGACUGGCACGAGACGAUGAAGUUCCUCAAGGUUGAGUUUCCGGUGCAGGUCAGCAACACCGAGGCGUCGUACGAGACACAGUACGGCGUCAUCAAGCGUCCGACUCAUUACAAUACCUCAUGGGACAUGGCAAAGUUUGAGGUCUGCUGCCACAAGUUCGCCGAUCUCUCCGAGCACAACUACGGCGUUUCCAUCAUAAACGAUAGCAAGUACGGCUUCGCAACCGUGGGCAACGUCAUGAGGCUCUCGCUGCUACGGUCUCCCAAGGCGCCCGAUGGCAACGCGGACAUGGGCCGCCACCACAUCCGCUGGGCCAUAUUGCCGCAUCGUGGAGGGCUCGGCGCGCAGACAGUCCGGGCUGCAUUCAACUUCAACAAUCCCCUGCGGCUCGUGACGACCCCCAUUGGCGCGCCAGCCAUCUUGUCCAAACCCCCCAUCACGCUCACUGGCGACGACAACCUUGUGCUGGACUGGGUCAAGCGCGGCGAGGACGACGAGGACGUGUCGCAGGACAAUCUCCCCAAGCGAAAGGGGCGGAGCAUCAUGGUGCGAAUUUACGACGCGGUGGGCGGCAUGGCAAGGGGAACGAUUGAAACGGCGCUUGCGGUUGAAAAGGUGUUCAAGACGAACAUCCUUGAAGACGACCUGGAGGAGAUUCCGGUACAAGGGAGUACCUUUGAGGUGACACUGGGCGCGUUUGAAGUUGCAACCUACCGCUUGGUGUUGAAGGAUUAACGCAAUGCUCGGUCGCAACGAACGCGGUAGAGAUGGUGCAGAUUCAGCCAACCGUGUAGGUUUGGGACUCUGAACGGAAACGCCGGUCUUAACAGUCAUAGAAUUAGAUGCGUAAUUGGGUUACACACUUACGGUUCAGGGAUGUCACUUGCAUGCAUAGUGGUAGAUGACAUCUCUGAGGUGUAAUGUGUUGAGUCUUGAUCGUUGUCCCUGCCUUUAAGAGGUCAGGUUUUACCAUUCAUGGGGAGGACCAGUGAUCUAUAUCCUGACUUAGACUACCAUAGAAAUAUUAGAUAGUUGGCCGCGGAAUGUUUCUUAUCUUCAA